AUGGAAAAGACGAAAGAUGCAGAAGAGACAAUCGAGAUCAGGAUACAUGGAGGCAAAUUUAAGCAAUUUGACAUCAUGGAAGAAGCAGCAUCUUUUAGUGAUCAUCACUAUUAUAAUUGUCGCCCGAAAAAAUACAGCGACCAAUGGAGAAAUACCAUAUCUCAAGAAUGGGACAUCUUAAAGAAUCGGCUCCCAGAUUCGAUCUUCGUCAGGGCUAGCAGGGAAAGGCCUGAUCUCUUGCGAGCUGUAAUCAUCGGACCUCAAGGUAGUCCUUACCAUGACGGUCUCUUUUUCUUCGAUAUCCAAUUCCCUUCAAAGUAUCCUGAUGUACCCCCUAAAAUUCAUUACUGCUGUUAUGAUGUUGUGUCCAUGAAUCGCUAUAUUCAAUCAGAUUUCGUGAAGGAGUUAUUUUUAAAAGGAAAAGAUACUCUUAUAAUACUUUUGCUUACGAUUCAUGAAUCCCAAGUCUACACUGCAAAUACUCUUCUUUAUUGA